UCCGAUGACGAAGCCCUUCUCUGUGCAUUCGUAUCCAGUUCCCCAUCUCAUCUUACCAUCGCAAUCUCUCAACCAAAACCCCUCGCUCCCAUUCAUAUUCCCCUUUCCCAACCUCUGUGCCCGUGCAUGUUUCCAUCGCCAUGGCAAUCCCGCAACUCCCCUCCUCCCUGCAAGCCACCUAUGUAUGCAGCCUCCCGCGGGCCACCUCCCACGUCCCCCGCCUAUCGAUUGCUGUCCCAAAACACCCACCAUUAGCCACCAUGGUCGACACCGGUAGCUUGUGCAAGUCUCGGUCCGCUCUUCUAGUAGCCCCGGUUCCAGCUUGCCUUGGCCUUGCAUUUUCUCGCCUGCAUGCGCCCAAGUGGGGAGCAACUCGGCUCGCUGAGCAUUUCGAGAAACACUAGGGACAUCCAUUGUUGCUAUCAACUGUCCAAUGCAUACUCCUUCAAUGCUAAGACCAAGUGCGCAAAACCUGGUCCCGCUUAUUGCAAUGCUAAGGUAAUGUGCCCAAAAUGACCC